CGCCCCGCGUUUUCAAGGUGACAGCGGCGGGCUGGGGCCGGAGGGCCCGCCAUGAGGAGCGCAUGCGCGCUGGGCCGACCCGGUGCCGUCCGGAGCCGGUGAUGGGGUUUCACUGCGUCUACACCACCAUGCCUGGAUCUCUUCCUGUGAAUGCUGAAGCCUGCUGGCCAAAAGAUGUGGGAAUAGUUGCUUUGGAGAUCUACUUCCCUUCCCAAUAUGUUGACCAGGCAGAGUUAGAGAAGUUUGAUGGCGUGGAUGCAGGGAAAUACACUAUUGGCUUGGGUCAGUCCAAGAUGGGCUUCUGCUCGGAUAGGGAGGAUAUCAAUUCGCUUUGCCUCACUGCAGUCCAGAAGCUUAUGGAGAGGAACAGUCUCUCCUACAACUGCAUUGGGAGACUUGAAGUUGGAACGGAGACGAUCAUCGACAAGUCCAAAUCGGUAAAGACUGUCCUGAUGCAGCUUUUUGAAGAAUCUGGCAACACAGACGUGGAAGGCAUUGACACAACCAAUGCAUGCUAUGGUGGCACUGCUGCACUCUUCAAUGCUAUCAACUGGGUUGAAUCCAGUUCCUGGGACGGGCGUUAUGCACUUGUUGUUGCUGGAGACAUAGCAGUGUAUGCCACUGGAAAUGCUAGGCCAACUGGAGGAGCCGGUGCUGUUGCUAUGCUUGUGGGACCAAAUGCACCUCUUAUUUUUGAGAGAGGAUUGCGAGGGACCCACAUGCAGCAUGCCUAUGAUUUCUAUAAGCCUGAUAUGGUAUCUGAGUAUCCUGUGGUUGAUGGGAAACUGUCCAUACAAUGCUACCUCAGUGCAUUAGAUCGCUGCUACACUGUCUAUCGCAAGAAAAUCCAUGCUCAGUGGCAGAAAGAGGGAGUUGACAAAGAUUUCACCCUGAAUGACUUUGGUUUCAUGAUCUUUCACUCUCCAUACUGCAAACUUGUACAGAAAUCUGUAGCUCGUCUGUUGCUGAAUGACUUUCUGAAUGAUCAGACACCCACAAAAGAAAAUGGCAUCUAUAGUGGCCUGGAAGCUUUUAGAGAUAUAAAACUAGAAGACACCUACUUUGACCGUGAUGUGGAAAAAGCUUUUAUGAAGGCCAGUGCUGAGAUUUUCAGUCAGAAAACCAAAGCUUCCUUGCUUGUAUCCAAUCAGAAUGGAAAUAUGUACACGCCUUCUGUCUAUGGCUGCCUUGCUUCUAUCCUAGCACAGUAUUCUCCUCAGCAACUGGCAGGGCAGAGGAUUGGAGUCUUCUCUUAUGGCUCUGGGUUUGCUGCUACCCUCUACUCCAUCAAAGUUAGCCAAGAUGCAACCCCUGGCUCUUCUCUGGAUAAAAUAACAGCAAGCCUCUCUGAUCUGAAGGCAAGGCUCGAUUCAAGGAAAUGCAUCUCGCCAGAGGUGUUUGCAGAAAACAUGAUGCUUAGACAAGAUACUCAUCACUUAGCCAACUAUAUUCCACAAUGUUCAGUGGAUGAUCUAUAUGAGGGAACAUGGUACUUGGUGCGAGUGGAUGAAAAACACAGAAGAACGUAUGCUCGUCGCCCCAUGCUGGGUGAUGGGCCCUUGGAAGCAGGAGUGGAAGUUGUUCAUAUGGGCCUUGCUCAUGAGACUAUUAAGCACAUGUAGCGGAUGUGUAACUGCUAUUCCACAUAUCCCUAGCCCUGCCAAGAAGGUACCAAGAAUUCCUGCAAAAACAGACUCAGAAGCCGUUGCUGUUUCCCUUUCCAAUGGGGAGCAUUAAGAGACCUCUGUGAGGUGGGAGUUGGAAAAGUUGGGGAGGGCUGAGGAUGUAUACGGGAGUAACUGUUAAUACCCAUGUUUUGCUGUACAGUACUGCUUAGUUGGGAGCAUGAAAAACUGUUAAUCUUGAGGCUCUGUCUUUUGAUGCAGUUUGUUGAUAUGUAGUUAAAUAACACUAAAAAAGUUUGCUAGCUUCUUGGAACAGAAAUGGCCAAGGGCUCUAAGAAACUGUUUUAAAACAUCAGCAAAUGGUUCAAGAAAAGGUAUUUAAAUUUACAGAGGGGUAGCCAUGUUAGUCUGUUGCAGCAAAAAAGACAGCAGAGUCUUUUGACAUCUUAAGUUUAGUUCUACAGCUGUUUAUGCUGUAAAAAAUGUAUCACUUAAUCUUUAAGGUGCCAUAAGACUCUUUGUGUUUAGUUUAAGCUUGGGAAGUCUUCAGUUGUGCUUGUCCUACUCUAUUUUAAUGAAUUAAUAUCCAGAGUGGAAGUGAGACUUCUUUUAAAAGCCAUUAUGGAGAGAAAUUAAUGUGACCUAAAGCUAUUUGUGAGUCAUUUUAUCUUAAACGUUAGGGUUCUAUGUGCCUUAACAGAAUAAGCACCCGAUCUCUUAAAUACAAGCCUUGUUCUACCCCCUCAAAACAUGCUAUGCAUUUGAAAGGGGGUAAUCGUCUUGUUUUUCAAGGUGCUAUUAAUUGGAGAAAGUCCCCCCCCAUUGACAUAUUGGUUCAAACCCAUCUUGAAAGUUGGAGGUCUG